UCUACACAAAAUACCUUUUACCAAUACUGGGAGAACCUGACAAACACGGCAGACAACUUGAAAGCACCAAAAUGGCAGACUCUCUCUUUGAUACUGAAAAUCCUUUAAACUGUCCGAUCUGUCUGAAUCUGCUUAAGGAUCCAGUGACUACAUCUUGUGGGCACAGUUUCUGCAUGGACUGUAUUAAGAGCUGCUGGGACCAGGAGGAUCAUAGAGGCGUUUACAGCUGCCCUACAUGCAGGAUAACAUUCAACCAAAGACCAGCACUCAGCAGAAGCACUGUACUGGCUGAUAUUUUAGGGGGAAUGAAGCAGGAAGAUCAAGCUGGACCUGGAGACGUGACGUGUGAUGUUUGCAAAGGAAUAAAAGUAAAAGCCAUCCAGUCUUGUUUGGUUUGUAUGGCUUCUUACUGCCCAACUCACAUCCAACCUCAUCAUGAAUCUGAAGCUUUUAAAAAGCACAAGCUGGUCAAAGCUUCCCCAAAUCUACAGCAGCAGAUCUGCCCUCACCAUCAUAAAGCACUGGAGGUUUACUGCUACAAUGACAAGAAGUGUAUUUGUGUAGUUUGUAUGGGGAAUCAGCACAGUGGACAUAAGACAGUCUCAGCUGCAGCUGAAAUGCCAAAAAAACAGGAGCAACUGAAAAUAAUAAAGAAGUAUUUAAUUCAGAAAAACUACAACAUGGGCAAGGAGGUUCAGAAGUUUAAGGAAGCUGUGGUCUCUCAUAAGCGCUCUGCACAGGCAGCAGUGGAGAACAGUGACCGAAUCUUCACCGAGAUCAUCCGCUCCAUUCAGAACAUGCGAGCCGAGGUGAGAGAGAAGAUCAGAGCUCAGGAGAACAAGGAAGUGCGAGAUGCAGAGAGUCACAUACAGAGACUGCGCCAGGAGAUCGUUAAACUACUAAAGCAGAAUAGUAAACUGGAGCCCCUUUUACAUACUGAGGAUCACGUUUAUUUCUUCCAGAAUUACCCUUUCUCUUCUGGAAUUUUACAAUACAAUUCAUUCAAAGAUGUUCAUAACCUGACAUUUGAGAAAUUAGAACAAUCUCUCUCAGAGCUGAAAAGCCAACUGGAUGAAGUCUGUGAAGAGCACAUGGGCAGAAUAUUUAACAAAGUGGAUGAUGUUCAAAUGUUCGAUGAAACUGAAAGGUCCCAGAGCAAACGGAAGAGAGGCUCUUGGAAGAGCGGGUAA